CCUCCUCGCCUUCCCUCUGCCUGCGGUCGCCCCAUUAACCCUCUCCCGGACAGCUGGAUUGAAAGGAACUGCAAUGUCUGCUGUCAUCUCAGAUAGUCCUCCAAACCCAAGCUGCAAAAUCAUGACUUUUAGGCCUUCGAUGGAUGAAUUCAGGGAGUUCAACAAAUACUUGGUGUACAUGGAAUCACAAGGUGCUCAUAGGGCUGGAGUUGCAAAGGUUAUCCCACCAAAAGAGUGGAAGCCAAGAAAACAUUAUGAUGAUAUUGAAGAUUUGGUGAUUCCUGCUCCAAUUCAGCAGAUGGUCACUGGCCAGUCAGGGCUAUUCACACAGUAUAACAUUCAGAAAAAGCCAAUGACAGUAAAGGAGUUCAAGCAACUGGCCAACAGUACCAGAUACUGCACCCCAGGAUACGUAGAUUAUGAAGAUCUGGAGCGUAAAUACUGGAGGAACUUGACUUUUGUGGCACCAAUUUAUGGAGCAGAUAUCAAUGGGAGCAUUUAUGAUGAAGGUAUUGAGGAAUGGAAUAUUGCCCAUCUUAACACAAUAUUGGAUGUUGUCAAAGAAGAAUGUGGAAUUUCUAUUGAAGGUGUAAAUACGCCAUAUCUUUAUUUUGGUAUGUGGAAAACAACAUUUGCAUGGCACACAGAAGACAUGGAUCUCUACAGUAUUAAUUACCUCCAUUUCGGGGAGCCCAAGUCAUGGUAUGCUGUUCCUCCAGAGCAUGGGAAGCGGCUUGAAAGACUAGCUCAAGGGUUCUUCCCAAGCAGCUCUCAUGGAUGUGAUGCUUUUCUUCGCCACAAGAUGACUCUGAUUUCUCCAUCAAUAUUGAAGAAGUAUGGAAUUCCUUUUGACAAGGUUACACAAGAGGCAGGAGAAUUUAUGAUCACUUUCCCAUAUGGAUACCAUGCAGGAUUUAACCAUGGUUUUAACUGUGCAGAGUCAACAAACUUUGCCACCUUCAGAUGGAUUGAUUAUGGAAAAGCAGCAAAACUGGUAAGUCAUAUUGCAGAAAAUUGACAUGCAAGGGAAUCUUUCCUCUGGGUAUUUCUUUGUGACAAUCUAUCAAAGCCGAUGAAAGAGGGAUAACUUUUAGAUCAGGUAAUACUUUAUAUUGCCAUCGAAUUGUUAUUUAUAGUUGUUCUUUUUAUGGUGGGUGUUACACUUCCAGCAAUGUGUAUUCCUCUCACUAGUGAGUUUUGUUUCCAGCGUGAUGUAUAUAUUGUUCUUGAAACCUAUAUCUAUUUAUGGAUAUUUUUAGGUUGAAACUACAUAUAUAUACUGAGGUUAGCAUAUGUGAAGACAACUGAAUUCGGCUUUUAAACCUAGAUUAAAAUUUUGUUAUGUGGCAUGCUUUUUUUUCUUUUGCUUCUUUUUAUAUACAUCGUGUGAGUACAUACACAAAUCUAGAAAGUGUGCCAUUUUUUCACCACAAGUUUGUGACUGUUUUUCAGUAUUUUGUGAUUUUUCUCAGUGUUACAGCUUAUAUAAGUCUUGGUUAGUAUGCUUCCAGAAUGUUAAAGUCAGAGACUUUCUUUGCAUUGACUUGUUUGUUACUGAAAGAAAGAAAGAAACCCUUUCCAGUAGUGAUUUGCUUAAUAUAUUAGGAAUAAGAUGUUGUGGAAUAAAAUGUAAAAUUAGAUGUGUAGGUUUAACAAGUGAUAAUAAUGUACUCUUAUUAAGAGCUUAGGAUUGGAAGACCAUGAGAAAGUUCUUAAAUAAUGGAAAUUUAUGAUUCAAGGCAUUUCUGAUUAUUGUUGUGAGGUUGAAUAUGCUUAAAAGGGAAGGAGUCAUCCGCCUCUGUAUGCAUACACUGACAAUGCUGAAAGUAUUGAAAACAUUAGUAUGCAUCUAACAUGUUCACAUUGGUCUUUACAUUUAUUGGGAAAAUUGUGUUUUAAUAGUCAACAGAUAAGGUGUUGACUGUAAAUUUAAUUCAGAAAUGCCCUAUGUAUUUUAUAGAUUUGAAUUUCUAUAGGUAGUACAAUAAAAUAAAAUUGCUAGGAAUAUAAGUAC